CGUACGCGGAGAGCACAGCGCCGGGGAGCGAAAAGGAAGGAACGAGCGUCGAGAAAGUAAGAGCGAUCCGCGCGCAGAAAAUUAAGCAGAAGACAGUGGCAGCCAUUUUUCCUGACAUUGCCGUUCCUGCGGCACCGCGGUGCUAAUUGCCGUCGAUUCUCGGCCGGAUCACGAACAGACAUCUCGGGCAGCAGAGGGAACGGUGUCGUAGACGGGGCCACGGGGUGUUAUUGGUGCGCACCGAGAUUAGAACGGCGCGAGAUAACGAUAAGAGAGAAUUCAGACGUCAAUGGUACGGCGUGGUUCGGAGUGACGAGUGCGUGUGUAAACGAUUCGCCAGAGAGUAGUGGGGCUCGACCGUAGUUGGCUGAGUGGACAGCCGAAAAGGAGGAGCUGCCGACAACGGGAAGGGUGUUACAGGAGGCGACAGCGACGGUGACGACAACGACGACGACGAACACGACGGUAACGACGGCCACGAUACGACGGCGGCAACGAUCGCGGAAACGGAGCUACGGCAGCCCAGCCUAGGCGCCCUUAUUUUGCGGUCUCGACCCUAGAAAAAUCCCUCCUCGAAAGGGAAUCGUUAUAGUAUUGUACAGUGCACACAGUCACGCGCCACCGCGUACAUCAGCGCCACGAGAUGGAGAGGCGAGCUGCUUUUGUGCUGCUGGGGAUGCUAUAUUUAGCGGGCACCCUCGUCACGGUCCAGGCAGUAACCUACACGGGGGUGUCGGACGUGCGCGAGGGCCUAUCUUGGUCGAUCGAGUGCAGUGGCCUGAAGCCGGACGAUCUGAUCAGAUGGACCAGAAACGGGCAGUCGCUCGAGCCGGAGUUGGCCAGUGGUCAGUUGGUCGUCACUUCGCCGCCGGGCACGGGAAGCAGCACGCUAAAGGCGUUACACGCCACCGACAGCCACGACGGGGACUACAAAUGCACCCCCGACAACAACGAGGCCUUCCAUCUCUGGAUAUACUUUGAUAUCCAUAUUAGAGUACUGACGGUCGACGACGUACCCUUGUCGCUGGAAUGCGCGAACAAAAGCUCCGGCUCGAAGGUCACUUGGACGAAGGAGAAUAAGUCGAUCGUCUCGGCCCUGGCCGGCAGCGAGAACCUCUACAAGAUCGACAACGAGACCGGCACUUUGGAGCUGCAGAAGUUCGGGACCGUGUUGCUCGGCAAUUAUACGUGCAAGGCGCAAAAUGCCUCCAUAGAGUACAGGAUCGUACCAAAGCCCACGGCAUCCAUGGUCCAGUCCGUCAGCGUGGUGGAAGGUGAGAAGCUGCAGUUAGUAUGCUCCGGCAAGCACAGUCCCGGCAUCAAGGUGUCAUGGACGUUCGGGGAUCACGAUUACAAGCGGAGCGAAGGACGAGUCAAGAUCGGAACGGACCAGGAGAAAGGUAUCUACGGGACCUUGCUGAUCGUCGACAACAUCGAGAUGAAGGACCGCGGCAACGUCGUGUGCAGGGUGUCCUACAACUGGUCCGACACCUCCGAGAAUCACGUGGCAAAGGCCCAAACAUUCCUCAGGGUCAAAGACAAGCUAGCCGCCCUCUGGCCCUUCCUAGGCAUUUGCGCGGAGGUCAUUGUUCUGUGCACCAUCAUUUUAGUUUACGAGAAGAAGCGGAACAAGGCUGAGCUCGAGGAAUCCGACACCGAUCAGAGUCCCGACACCAAACCAACGCCCAACAAGGACUCCGACGUCAGACAGAGAAAGUGAAACGGCGACCAAUAAGCGGCGAACGAACGAGAGCGAUGCAGGAUAGCAGAACGGAUAACGGGGAACGAUCGUGGGCAUCAUUUGCCGGAGUGACAAUAUAGAUGAUAGAUGUACAGCGAUAAAAAAAAACGUGUGCGAGAGAGGGAGAGAGCGAGAGCGAGAGCGAGAGAAAGAGAGAGAGAGAGCGUGAGAGAGCAAGACAGAAAGAAAGAGAGAGAAAGAGUAAAAGGAUGGGACGGGGGACGAAAGGGUAGGUUUCGAAGGCAGGGAUGGACAGCUGGAUAAGGAAAAAACACAUAAGUUCCGAAAACGAGAAAGACACGUCGUUGAAGAAAACGAAUAAUAAAAGCAUGAAAUAAUAGAACAAAGACGGAGUUACAAAACCGUUUUCAAGUAAACAAACGCGAGAGAGAGA